AAACUAGAGGAGAUGAAGAAAACACUAAGGGAAUCUGACGAGAAGAUAAAAGUGAAGGAUUCAACUCUGGAGAAGAUGAGUAAAGGACUUAAGGACACUGAGAGCAGACUGGAGAAAACCACAAAACAACUGAAUGAGAACAUCAAACAUCUUCAGGAGAAAGACAACCAACUAGAUGAAAUGACCCAGCAAGUGAGAGAGACAGAGAGGAGACUGGAGAACAUCACCAAAGAGGUGGAGAAGACUAAGAAACAACUGGAGACACUGGGAAAGGACCUGCAGGACAAGAACAUCCAAGUAGGAAACUUCAGAAUCCUACUGCAGGAAAAGGACCUUCAACUAGAGGACAGGAACCACAGACUGGGAGAGAAGGACAAACUACUGGAAGAGAGAAAAUGUGAACUAAAGGAGUGGAGGCAGGAACUAGAAGAGAAAGAUAAACAACUUGAAAAGAGAGAGAAACAGUUAAAAGAAAGAGACAAACAAGUGGAGGAUGUCAACAAUGAAAAUUAUAAACUGGCUCAACAGAUCUGUGAUGUGAAGACUGAGGUGGAGAGACUAAGAGAGACCUCAACCCAGAUGACUGUGGGAGAAGAGACCUCAGAUACAGACACCAGAGUUACACACAGGAGAAGAAACAGCAUGGAACUAAUAUCUCCAUACAUGGGAGGAGAGAGCAGCAGUCCAGACUCCCCAGUGUCUCCCAGUGGGUCUGAGCUGAGACUGGUGCUGCUGGGGAGGACUGGUGCUGGGAGGAGGGCAGCAGGAAACACCAUCCUGGGCAGAGAGGAGUUUGGGGUCCAGGCCAGCCCCUCUGCAGUGACCCAGAGGAGUGUGAGGAGAGAGGGGGAGGUGUGUGGGAGACACCUGGUGCAGGUGGACACUCCAGACUGGUUCUAUCCUGGACUCUCUCUGGAGGAGAUCAGACAGGAUGUAGGUCUCUGUGUCCGUCUGUCUGCCCCGGGACCCCACGCCUUCCUCCUGGUCAUACCAGUGGAGCCCUCCAAGGAGGAGGAGAGAUGGGUGCUGGAGAGAAUGGAGGAGAUGUUUGGGGAGGGGUGUUGGGGACACACUGUGAUUCUAUUCACCCAUGAUGACAGCCUGAAAAAGCAGAGCAUUGAGGAGUUUCUCCAAGCAGGGAGUCAGGACCUCCAGCAGCUUGUAGAGAAGUGUGGGAGCAGAUACCAUGUCCUCAACAUUAAGGACAGGACCCAUGACACUCAGGUCCCAGAGCUGCUGGAGAAGAUAGAGGAGAUGGUGUCAGGAAACAGAGAGAGCUUCUACAGCAGUCAGACAUACCAGGAGGCAGAGGCCCAGGUCAGAGAGAUGGAGAGAAAGAUCCAGAAGAAGAUGGAGGAGAGGAAACAAAGGAAGGAGACAGAUAUGAAAGAGAGAUUUGAUAAGGAGUUACAGGAGUCUCUAAAGAAGAUCGAGGGAGUGAUCCAGGAACAUGAGGGAGAUAUCAGAACACUCAAUGAUAGAACCACUGAAUUAGAGAGACAAGUGAAAGAAGAGAAGGACGAGGACAAGAAGAGAGAGAUGGAGAGAGAGUUGAAGAGAGAAUCUGAUAGGAGGAAAGAGAUGGAGAGAAAGUUGGAGAGAUUAAAUGAGAAGAGAGAAAAUGAGAAGAAAGAGAUGGAGGAGAAACACAAGCAGGAAACUGAGGAGAUCAAGGAGAAAUAUGAAGAAGAGGCCAGAGCUGAAGCAGAGAGAAACUUGAUGAAGAUAAUCCUACCUGAGUUACAGAGGAACAUCAUGAUCUCACAGACAAAGAUGAAGACAGAGUUCAGCAGACAAAUAGAGGCGAAAGAUAGAGGGAUGAAGGAGAAGGAUAGAGAGAUAGAGAGACUGUUCAGAAGACAGAUAGAGGAGAAGGAUAGACAGAUAGAGAAGAAGGAUAGACAGAUAGAGAAGAAGGAUAGACAGAUAGAGAAGAAGGAUAGACAGAUAGAGGAGAAGGAUAGACAGAUAGAGGAGAAGGAUAGACAGAUAGAGAAGAAGGAUAGACAGGUAAAGGAGAAGGAUAGACAGAUAGAGAAGAAGGAUAGACAGGUAAAGGAGAAGGAUAGACAGAUAGAGGAGAAGGAUUCACAGAUGGAGGCAUUGCCUCUGUGGCAAUUGGCUGCCUUCCUCCAGCAUGACAAUUGGCUGCCUUCCUCCAGCAUGACUAUUGUCUGCCUCCCUCCAGCAUGA